AUGUCUCGACAUCGCGCGAUUCGAAACUUAACUGCCGAAGCUGUCCUUGCGGAAUCCGAGUAUUAUCACGACGAUGAAUAUUUUGAUUAUGAAGAUAAUAGUGAAUUGUCCCAAGGAGAUAAAGCCAAAAUGGAUAAUGGGAAGAAAAUAGUUAGAGAUGUUAUUGGACAAGUAGAUGAAAUCUCUGAUAAAGAUAUUGAAGAUGCUUUAUGGUAUUACUAUUACGAUACAAAGGAUACAAUAACAUACUUAUUGGAUGAACUUCAUAAAUCUAAGAAAAAGAAAACAAUUUCACAAAACAAAUCAGAUUCAAAUAAAUCUAAACUUACAAAGAAAGAUCUAUUAUCUAAUAUGGAUCAUCUUAUUAAUGGAAAUCGAUAUCUGAGCCCUUUAAACUUUUAUGCAAAUCAGCAAAACCUUGAACACCAUUAUUCACUUGGAAUAAGGAAAAGAACUGCUUUAACAAAUUGUGUUUCCUUUAAUGACAUUUGGUCAGGGCACAAUGUUAAAUGGUGUAGUCUCGCUCAAAGUAAUUUAAAGAUUACAGAAAGUUCGAUUUGUGAAUUACGGAAGCAUUCACUUCAUGGCGGGUUACUAGGUGGAAUGGACUCUGAAACAACUCAAUCGAGACUCUCUAGUUUGCGUAGUCAGUUGGGUUCCACUAAGACGAAUACUAAGUCUUUAUCAAAGAUGGCUUCAGAUAGAGCAACAAUUGAACAAAAUCGUCCCUCUGUUGGAAUUAAUGAUACAUCCAACAUAAGACAGUUCUCUCUUUCAAACAUCGGGAUAGGUUCUUCAGGACCAUCAUUGUCAUCCCUGGCUCAUUUGAGUGUAAAACAAUCCACGAGACCAACAUUAUCCAGUUUGGCUACGAAUACAUCAAAAUUAGGUUCAGAGAAUGUUACAAGAUCUCAAACCUCUUCUAGCUUGAUAAACAGUCAAGCUCCGUCCUUGUCUUCUAUGGUUAAAAACUCGACUUCACAUUCUUCUGGACGUGUUUCUUUUACUGGUCUUGCAUUAAAUCGUACUACGUCUCAAUCUUCAGUCAUAAUAAAUUCAAAGCAACAGACUUCAUCGGUUUCAACAAUUUUAACAAAUAAAUUAAAUAAUAAAGUUCCUUUGCAAGAAACAUCGACCCCUAUAAAACCCUUAACAUCUGAUACAAAUAGUAGCGAAAUGGUGAGACAAGAGCCUCAACUUAUAACAAAUGAUUUAACACAGAAUAAGGAAUUCGUACAUUCAUAUUCAAAUAUUCAAUCAGUAUCAAACCCUCUUGUCGCGCCGCCAUCCAUUUUCGCUACUUCCAUAUUCGCACCACUUCAAGAUACUAUUUCGUUUUCUAAUGAUUUAAUUACUUUUGAACUUUACACAGCGGGUUUAAAUAAUAAUGGGUUUUCUUUUGAUGAUCCAAGUCCUGAUGAUAUUGUCAAAAAAGCACAGAGCCAUAGAGGAACUGGAGUACCAAAAGUUAAGGACAUGAUAGUUAAGGACAGAAAUGUUACAACGAUGUCAGCAACUUCUGUUAAAUCUACUUCAAAACAAGAAUCGUCAACACAGAAGACACAGAAAAAACAGAAUACACCAUCGAAUGCACCAAAAUCAUCUCACUCAACUAAUUUAAACAAUGCUAUUAAUGGCCCUGAUGAUAUUGUUUUGAAGACACAGAGUCAAAAGGAUACUGGUAUACCAGCAUCACAUUUUAAUAAUUCCGCCGAAUAUUUUGAAUAA